UCCCCCGGUUGAGGAAGUGAAUUCGCUGACAGGGCUGGGCUGCGAUACAGGCGAGGAUAAACAGCAGCUACUGCAAAGCAAUAAUAACAGAAAGAGGAAAUAAUUCGUGCGAAAUAAGCACAAGAAACGUGUCAGUAAAUUCGCUGAAACCCUUCGAAGUGCUGCGACCGCCACCGAAGCGCAGACAUGAACGACCAGCAACUGGACUGUGCCCUGGACCUGAUGAGGCGUCUGCCUCCCCAGCAGAUCGAGAAGAACCUCAGCGACCUCAUCGACCUGGUGCCGAGCCUGUGUGAAGACCUUCUGUCCUCUGUGGACCAGCCCCUAAAGAUCGCCCGUGAUAAAGUGGUGGGCAAGGACUACCUGCUGUGCGACUACAACCGUGAUGGUGACUCCUACAGAUCUCCCUGGAGCAACAAGUAUGAACCCCCAAUCGACGAUGGAGCCAUGCCCUCUGCCCGCUUGCGCAAGUUAGAGGUGGAGGCCAACAAUGCCUUCGACCAGUACAGAGAUCUAUACUUUGAGGGGGGUGUGUCGUCAGUGUACCUGUGGGACCUGGACCACGGCUUUGCAGGUGUCAUCCUGAUCAAGAAGGCUGGAGAUGGCUCCAAGAAGAUUAAAGGCUGCUGGGAUUCUAUCCACGUGGUUGAGGUGCAGGAGAAGUCCAGCGGCCGCACGGCUCACUACAAGCUCACCUCUACUGUGAUGCUGUGGCUCCAGACCACCAAGACAGGCUCGGGCACCAUGAAUCUGGGAGGCAGUCUCACUAGACAGAUGGAGAAAGACGAGACAGUGGGAGAGUCGUCCCCACACAUCGCCAACAUUGGCCGCCUGGUGGAGGACAUGGAGAACAAGAUUCGUUCCACCCUGAAUGAAAUCUACUUUGGAAAAACCAAGGACAUUGUUAAUGGCCUGAGGAGUGUUCAGACGCUGGCUGACAAAUCGAAGCAAGAGGCCCUGAAGAAUGACCUGAUGGAGGCGCUCAAACGCAAACAGCAGAGUUAGAGAUGCUUUCGUUCUCUCUCUCUCUCUGUCUCUUGUCUCUCCCUCUAACUUCCUUCUCCUUAUCUUUUUCUCCACUUCAGUCUCGCGGUUUUUUUUCUGUUUCUCCCCGAAGCUUCCUCUUCUUCCUGUUUCUGCGCUGCUUUCACGUUCAUCCGUUUAAAAGGAAAAGGUUUUUGUUUUUUGUUUUUGUCUCAUAAGCAUCUCAUCCUUCCAGAAGCUAACCCCUCUUUGAAUGGUUUCCACAUUCUCAUGACUCUAUUACCGUUGCCAUGAAAAUAGCAAUAUAUCGAUAAUGCUAACGGUUCCUGCGGCUUGCUGACUCACUGAACUUGAUUGUGAUUAGGACUGUCUUGCGACCGAACGGCAGCACACCCUCUCUCUUAUUUUGACACGGAAGAGAAUGCAGGUCUCGCAGGUUAACCAGGGCGAGAAGAGAGGGUACAGUAAAGAAUAUUUUAUUUUCAGCAACUUUCUCCAGGUUAUAAUCCUGGUUAUGUAUAUGUUGAAAGUAAGUCUGCCUCCCACCCGCGUGCCUGGUGUCCUUGUGCAAAAUGUUAGUUACUCCAGCGGCUGAGGUACGGGUGUGCAUUGAAGGGCCGGGCCCCCUGCCCGGGGGAGUGCCCCACUCAAGCGCCGCCCUCUAUCUGUCUACGUCUGUAAGUCUGCUGCAGCAGGAAACCGAGAUGGCCACUGGAACAACACAGACGUGUAGGUGAACAGCCAUGAAGGAGAGGAAAAUAAGCUUACUGUGUUAUCACCAUGUAGAUCAUCCUUCCCCCACCAACACUGUUUGGUUGGGGGGGGUCGUUCUUGUUCUUUGUGACUAUGUCUUACGGAGCUUUUUUUUUUUUU